CUUUGCAAUAUCAGCUUUCAAUUCUUCAACUUUAUGUUCACUAUCAACGCCACGAUUUUCCGAUGAUCUGUGAUUUUUUGAAUCAUGGUGACUACUGGACUGAUUUAAAAUGGUUUCGUCCAUGAGAUUUAAAUCUUCUUCAGAAAAAACCAUAUUUCUGAAUUUAUGUUGCAGCAAAUAAAAAAAUUAGAAUGUAUAUUGAUUUAUAAUGAAUCUAAUAACAUUCUAUGAAAAAUACCUGAGUGCCAUGUGUUCUGAAAAUUGUUUUCUUCAAAUCGUCAAAAAAAAAUGACGUCAUUCGGUGUCUUCCAGUUCAGGAUUCUCGGUGUGCGAUUUGAAACACGUAUAGCAAUUGUGUUGUCAAAUGGAUGACAACACUCAUAAAACCAUAUCUGCAAUGCUAUGUGGAACUGGCUAAAUUUGAAUGACGAUGGAUUAUUUUUAAAUUUUUGACUGCAUGCUUUGAGUGUUAAAUUAAAACACUCAUUUGCUCAAGGAAAUGUGGCAUACUGUCCAGACUCGAUCAAAUCAAAAUACAAUUUUGGAAUUGUUUUUUUUGAAGGGUCCGAUGCAGUCAGAAAAGAAGAAAUAAAGUACAAGAUCCCGAUUUUUAAACGGUCAUCUUCUUCCCAAAAAUUUUCUGAAAUAAACUUGUGAUAAAAAUCUGACUUGGAUACAUUAUUAAAAUCCUCAAAAUUUUUCAGCAAUGAGUCUGUUUGAAACAUAUGGGUCAGAUACAAAAUCAGAAACAGGUCCACAUUUCAGACCGAUUAUAGCAACAAUAUCUUUUAAGCCAAAAUGUAACUCUUUACCAUUUACAUUUAUGACAAACAUGUCAUCCCUAACAUUUUCAUUCCUAAGUAGAAAUAUGUGUCUCAACAAUUGACAUUGAUUUUAAUGUUAUGCAAAUUAUAAGAAAAUCCAAAAGGUGUUUCUUCUAGGAAUUGUUGAAACUUAUGUUGACCUAGAAAGGUCAACAGAUCCGCAUAAUUUGCAUAACAUUAAAAUCCAAUGUCAAUUAUUGAGACACAUAUUUCUACUUGGGAAUGAAAAUGUUAGGGAUGACAUGUUUGUCAUAAAUGUAAAUGGUAAAGAGUUACAUUUUGGGUUAAAAGAGUUUAUUGCUAUAACCGGUCUGAAAUGUGGACCUGUUUCUGAUUUUGUAUCUGACCCAUAUGUUUCAACAGACUCAUUGCUGAAAAUUUUGGGGAUUUUAAUAAAGUAUCCAAGUCAGAUUUUUAUCACAAGUUUAAAUUGGAAAAUUUUUGGGAAGAAGAUGACCGUUUAAAAAUCGGGAUCUUGUACUUUAUUUCUUCUUUUCUGACUGCAUCGGACCCUUCAAAAACAACAAUUCCAAAAUUGUAUUUUGAUUUGAUCGAGUCUGGACAGUAUGCCACAUUUCCUUGGGCAAAUAAGUGUUUUAAUUUGACACUCAAAACAUGCAGUCAAAAAUUUAAAAAUAAUCUAUCGUCAUUUAAAUUUAGCCAGUUCCACAUAGCAUUGUAGAUAUGGUUUUAUGAGUGUUGUCAUCCAUUUGACAACACAAUUGCUAUACGUGUUUCAAAUCGCACAUCGAGAAUCCUGAACUGGAAGACACCUAAUGACGUCAUUUUUUUUGACGAUUUGAAGAAAACAAUUUUCAGAACACAUGGCAAUCAGGUAUUUUUCAUAGAAUGUUAUUAGAUUCAUUAUAAAUCAAUAUACAUUCUAAUUUUUUUAUUUGCUGCAACAUAAAUUCAGAAAUAUGGUUUUUUCUGAAGAAGAGUUAAAUCUCAUGGACGAAACCAUUUUAAAUCAGUCCAGCAGCCACCAUGAUUUAGAAAAUCACAGAUAAUCGGAAAAUCGUGCUGUUGAUAGUGAACAUAAAGUUGAAGAAUUGAAAGAAGAGCUACAAGUACAAAUUUCAAAUUAAAAUAAAAUUUUAAAAAUUACAAUAUACAUAUCAAAUACUUAUUUUUUUAAUUAACAAGUUAAGGCAGAGUUGAAAGAACUCAAACUCACUGUAAGUUCCAACAUAUUUUUGAAGAAUUAAUAUAAUUACCUUAUAAUUUAUUUUAUUUAUAAAUUUUUUUUUGUACAACGAUAAGGUUGACAAGCACAUGGUUGAUAUCAAGAGUUAUGUUGAUAACUCGACUAAACUGAUAAUUAAAGAGAUUCGAUUGUCAAGAGGAGAACAAAUGCCAGAAGAACAACCAGAGGACAACGCCAAUCAACAUGCUGCACAAUCUGAUCCAACAGCUAUGCCUACAGUUUCAAUUGGACAACACGUCCCAAUGUCAAACACAGCUGCUCAAAAGUCAACUGAUGGUUGUUUCAACGUUGACGCACCUACAACGUCAACAUCAAAACCACGAACAUUGGACGAUUAUUUUGAUUUUACUAUGACACAAAUAAUCGCACUUGAUCCAAUUCUUAAUGCUACCACGACUCCAAAUGUGCAAACAAGACAUAAGAAUCUACGAAAAUACGAUUCUUCUCCUUAUAUCAGAAUGUCGGAAGGGGAAAGCAGUUCAAAUAGAGUACCUAUAUUCUUUCAAAUCAAACAUCCAUUACAAAAUCACAAUGGGUUUGAUGUUCCAGAUGACCUGAUUGAGGAGUUCCAUAAAUGGAUUUUUAAAGAUGUGUCAAGCAGGCGUGGCAGGUAUAAGCUAAGAUGAACAAAAUUAUUUUAUUUAAUUUCACAAUUUAAAAAUUAAUAUAAUACUUAUUUAAAUAAAUACAGGAAAGCAGCAUAUUCCAAGGUUAAAAAUAUAUUUCAUCCUCAAAUGGACUUUGGCGCUGUCAAAAUCGGAGAAAUUUUUUUUUUCACAUAAUGAGUC